AUGGCAGAGUGGAUCCACUUCGUUGUUUUCUUAAGCGCAAUGAAUUUGAUUGGCUUCCCUUCGUUAACACAGGCCCAAUACACUGGAACUGCCACAUUUUACAAUUCUCCUUAUAUGCCUUCUUACUGCUAUGGAUACGAAGACGAAGGGGUUAUGAUUGCAGCAGCAAGCGAUGCAAUUUGGAACAAUGGGGGUGCAUGUGGGCAAAUGUACCAAGUGACCUGUCUAAGUGGAACAAACUCAGGAGUUCCAUUUCCAUGCUGGGGCAGUGGCUCUGUGGUGGUCAAGAUUGUAGAUUAUUGUCCUCCUGAAUCAUGUAGAGGAACCAUUGAUUUGUCACAGGAAGCAUUUGCUUCCAUUGCCAAUACAGAUUCUGGAUCCAUUAACAUCUCUUUCCAACAGGUCUAA